AUGACUGAAAAACGGUCAGAAAUUUUACGCCUCCACAUCAAGUUUUUCAAUGGGACAAAAAAGCUGCGCAACCCUAAGCAGAUACUUGAAACACAAUUGACGAUAGGCAAAAAUCGUCCAGUAGAUUUCGCAAAACUUUACACAAAACAAGAAGUUGUCUACAUCAUUAAGUGCCAAGCGGUAGAAGUAAGCAUCAGAGAAGAAAAGGAAUGCUUUCAAGAACUUCCGGUCACCUACGGUGAAGACAAUUACUUUAUGUCCCCGCACAACCACAUCCUGCUUAAACAUGGGUCUCCAAUAACAUGCAGCAACUUAGUGCCACCAAUAUUCUUUGUAGCAUCUAAAUGGUGGGCCAUAACACCAGAAAUGGAAUUAUUCAAUCAACUUAUUCCACCUAAAACUGAUAGAGAUCUUGAAGAUGUAGGCUACGAUACUGUUGAUACAACAACAACAGUCAGUGGAGCUGCCGAGCUUAACAAUGAUUAA